GAUGAUUUUCACAAGCGUGCUGGCGAUAACUUCGAAAGCCUGGCUAGCCCUGACGCUUGCAGAUCUCGUCAAUUGCAUCCAUGUAUAUUUGGAACCAAAGUCUACCUACAGACUGGCUGUUAGCGAGACCUUGGCUGACUAUAAGUAUGAUGGUGUAUCUGAUGAUACCCUGCAACGUCUUUCAGAUCACUUGGAAUCAUUAUGGGUUAGGAAAAGAGGGGUUUUCGAACCAAAAUUGGUGACGGAUUUGCCUGUUGGAUUACACUUGGACCUUAUGUUUCAUCUACACGAGAAACACUUUACGAGGAGCUAUCUGUUUUAUAACCUUCCUGACAAUUUCUGCCGAGCACUCUCAUUAAAACUUAGACGCAUGAUAGUGCUUCAAGGAGAGUACAUUAUCAAAAGUGGACAAGUAGGAGAUUUCAUGUAUUUUAUAAAUUACGGAACAGUUCGUUACCGGAAAACGUACCCCGUGCUGGGUGACGAUGGUAGUUCUUACAAGACGAAAGAAGGGAGAGUAAACUUUCCUCGUCAUUUUGGAGAUGAGAAUGCAAUUCUGGGCAAUCGUCGUUAUAAUUGCUGUUACAUUGCGGAAACGGACGUUGACCUCGUGUUUGUUAGUCAUUCAACACUAAAGCAGUUAUUCCACUCCUGCUUCGAGGAUGUCAUGCAAAUUGUGAUGAAAAGGUUUGAAAAGGCUCAACGUCUUCGACUAGGAAUUCCGAUGCCUAAAAAAGAGUUAGAUCCCGAUGAGUAUGAUAGCAGCGAUGAUCAGAGUGAAAUUGUGGACGAAGGGACAACAAAAGAAAAUGAUGCAGUCAUCCUACUCAAAACUUCACCAGAAGACAAUAAUAAAGUGAAUUAAGAAGAUAAUUAAAUUAGCAACCCAAAGUUCUGUGCAUGUUUCAUGUUAAGCUUGCAUCAUGACCAGUUUGUAAUACUUUGUUUUUGAAAUAAAAGUUAAAAAUGUCAUCCCAGA